AUGGCCUUCCUCUCCUGGCACAUGGCAGAUGCUCUUCAGUUUAUGAAUGUUCACCCAUUCAUCCAUGACCUUCACCCUAUUCUGCCAAGUGAGCUGGGUGGCAUCAAUGACAUUGCUGGCUUGGGAAAUGGAGUGCUCCCAAACGUGUCAGAAGAAAAGGUGUGGCCUACCAGAGCCUGGAACAUGAAGGACUUUGAAAAUCUAGGCUGGCAGGUUGACUGGCUGGCCAGCAAAAUCCGAGGAUUUUCAAUAUCGGUGGAAGUGGAAAGUCUGAAGCAGAAGCUCCAGGAGAGAGAUCAGUUGCUCAUCAGUGCCUCCAAAGCAGUGGAGAGCCUCGCCGAAGGGGGAGGUUCUGAAGUCCAGCGCGUGAAAGAAGAUGCCAGGAGGAAGGUGCAGCAGGUGGAAGACCUCCUGAUGGAAAGGAUACAUCUUCUAGAAGAAGUAAGUCUGGAGUUGCCGAGGGGCCUCUACUUACAGGAUGUGAAAGCCGCCCAAGCAGAACUGGAGAAGGCCUUUGCAGAGACGGAAACAGAGAAGGCGUUUCGCCUCAGCUUGGAAAGCAAGCUCUCUACCAUGAAGAAGAUGCAGGAGCGGGACCUGGAGUUGACUCUGGCUCUGGAAGACAAGGACAGACUGAUUGAGGAGUUGAAGUUGUCUUUGAAGAGUAAAGAAGCUUUAAUUCAGUGCCUUCAAGAGGAGAAAUCUCAGAUGGCGUCUCCUGACGAGAAUGUGUCAUCUGGAGAACUCCGAGGACUUUCUGCCACUCUGAGGGAAGCAAAGGAGAGAGACGCUGAGGCUGCACAGAGGGCAUGGCAGAUGGAGAGAAAUCACUGGGAAGAGAAGAUCCAGAGGUAUGUCCAUAUGAGUGUAGUGCCCGUGGAAGCCAGAAGACUUUGAAUCCUGUCCCAGUUA